UGUGAGGUUUGUUUGAUGAUCUGCUUUGUUUUGUACUCUGAUCUGAUUUGUCUCUGGCGCCUCCUGCAGGUGCGUAUGGCCCUGAAAAAGGCAGAGAAGGAACUGGAGUCUCGCAGCGACUGGUCUCCUCCUGAAGCCCUGCAGAAAUGGCUGCAGCUCACUCAUGAGGUGGAGGUGCAGUACUACAACAUCAAGAAACAGAACGCAGAGAGACAACUGCAGGUGGCCAAAGAGGGGGCAGAAAAAAUUAAGAAGAAGAGAAAUACUUUAUUCGGGACGUUCCAUGUGGCACAUAGUUCUUCGCUAGAUGAUGUGGAUCACAAAAUACUUGCAGCCAAGCAAGCUCUGGGUGAGGUAACAGCAGCUCUGAGAGAGAGACUCCAUCGUUGGCAGCAGAUUGAGUUCCUAACAGGCUUCACGCUGGUCAAUAACCCAGGCCUGCCCUCUCUGGCCUCUGCCCUCAACCUGGACCCCAGCUUCAUGGGCGGCCGUGGCACACCCCAGCAUUUCAUGUCCGACGACAUGGAUGACAUGGAUGAGGACAUAGUGUCACCAGGAACACUUCAAUGUAAGGACUUGCCGGACAGCGAUAGGGAUAAGUCCCAGUCAGCCAAAGGCCAGCAAAGACCUUGUGGUGUUUUGACCAAAUCCAAAAAUCCCUAGUUUUUAGCUAUUUCGGUUGUUUGUGCGCAAGUUCUAUCAGAAAUGGUUGUAUGCACCGAGCGUGUUUGCACACUUCUCAUUUGUGCUUUCUGCUGGAGUGUACAGGUGCUCCAUCUACAGGUGUUUUACACAGAGGGGAGUACUUCAAGAUCUUCACUACACAUUGCUGUCACGUGUUUUUGAAAUGGCUACUAUGCACUCUUUGUACAGAUCUUCAUGUUAAUUCAUGUUAAAUUCGAUGGAGGGUCACAGAGUAGGCCAGAAGAAACAGGCCCAUAUGCGAGUUAAGUGCUCCAGUACAAGUCUGAAGUUGGUGUGGAUUGUAAUGCUCCAUCUGAAUGUGUGAAAUAAUGUUAUCAUCAAACAAGCUCUAAGAAAAGAGUUGUUUUCCCAGGUAAAAACGUGAAAUAAAAUUGGUGUUCAUUGGGCAAAAUUGAUUAAUUUUGAAAAUUGUAUUGCUGAACUCUUUUCACAAAAUAUCUUGAGUGCUGUUCUAACAAGAAGUAUUCAUAAGUAUUUUCAGAUAAGAACUA